AUGAAAGUCCAUACGGCGACCUUCAUCGCCUCCACGGUAUCUGCGGUGACAUUGGCCGCAUGUCUUCUGGCUAUGUUCUCAAUUUAUUCGGAUGUGGCUGAAUUCUGGAUAGAGCUAGAGAAGGAGAUUGGAAGUUUUAAGGUAUCAACUGAUGAUAUGUGGAAAGAUAUUAUCAGUAUCGGAUCAGUAAGAAGAGUACGCCGCCAAUACGAUCAUGCACUCGUCAACAAACCUCCCGCCGACGGACCGCCUGCAAUUCCAUCCGGCAGCCCACCAUCCACUCCACCAGUUUUUGCGCAGAAUCCUGGCCCCAAUGGAGGCCCACGCUGUAACUGUAACGCUGAAAGCAAAUGUCCACCUGGACCUCCAGGACCAAAAGGAGUCUCUGGUGAACCCGGUCCCGAAGGUUAUCCGGGUAUCGAUGGAAAGCCUGGCUUUGAUUCAAAUGAUGUUGCACCUCAACGAGACACCGGUGGCUGUUUCUUCUGCCCUAGUGGACCACCUGGAGCGCCUGGAGCACUUGGACGUCCAGGACCUCGAGGACUGCCAGGACCAAAAGGUAACGAUGGAAGCCCAGGACGAGAUGGAUUGCCUGGAAACUCUGGAGAGCAGGGAGCGCCAGGACCAAUUGGAAAUAUGGGAGAGCCGGGUGCUCCAGGAGAAAAAGGUCGUGACGCGGAGCAUCCAAUUGGUAGACCAGGACCAAAAGGACCACGUGGUGACGUUGGGCCUCCCGGAUCACCUGGUCCCAAUGGGCUCGAUGGACCUCGUGGAGCGUAUGGACCUGUUGGACCCCCUGGACCGUCUGGAAUUCAAGGACCACAAGGUCCGGAUGGGGGACCGGGAGAAGAAGGACCUGAGGGCCGACCUGGAAAGGAUGCUGAAUAUUGUCCUUGCCCUGACCGUGCUUCCGACUCUGUUGGAAACAAUGGUUACCAGGGUCUUUAA